UUACGAAUUAGUGCGGAGAAGAACGUCGUCUCUCGAAUGUUUUCUGAAAAGCAGGCAUUGCCGCGAAAGGUGAAAUACUGUGCGUAAGGCCUUGAGCAUAAUGGAAAGAAUAUCAGGAACAGAAAUAAACACAAGAAUUUCAACUUGUCCCGAGAAACCGUGUACCGUGGAACACACGCGAUUUCUCUGAUGUUAAAAAUUUCUUAUAUUUAUUUCUGUUUUCAAUAUUUCUCUUCCAUUGUGUUCACGGCCUUACGCAAUCGAAAAAAAGAUAAACAGCGAAAAGAUAAACGGCGCCGCGUGAGUCACCGCGCUUAUUAAGAUAAGUAUGCCGGCGUCGAUAGCGAAAUAAGUCACGGCGCAGUACGCGCCUGCUUUUCGCGAACAAGCACCAAAAAAAAAGCGAGACGCUGAUGCGAUUCGCGGAUUUAGGAGUUGAACGAUUGAACAUAACAAGAACACGGACGCAACGAGCGCGACCGUGUUUGUUUUGAUUUUUCCAUUGUUAACCUUUCCGAGUACACGUAAGUAUAUGUAACUAGUGACAUGUAAAAAUUGAUAAGGUAUGUAUCUUUUCUACUGUCGAAUGUUAAACGUAAUUUCUGUGAAAUAACGAAUUUUAAUUUAUCGGAAUUAGAUUUAUUAAGUAGUAGAGAACGAAAAUCACUUGUAUUAAGAAAUUUCUGUAUCGUUCUGAAGGCCGCUGCACGCGAUUAAUCGAAUCGAGAUAUACUUGCAUGUGCGUUAGAUAGUCGCGCAACUUCAAGAUACUCAGCUAACGCUAACUUUCUUUAUACAUCGUUCGCGUGGCAGCCUGAGCAGCCAUGGUAAUUGCGGUAUAAUCGGGUAUAGGGAGCAGCAUGCGUCUCCUUCUGUGCACCAUGGUAGCAGCCUUCGGCACGAGUAGAUAAACGAGUCUUGCGUAAAAUCUCGUGAAAGAUUUUUAUUUCUUAUACGAGCGGAGUGUUGAACGUCGUUUCAAGGACAAAAGCCAUUAAGUAGAAACUGCGUGGCAAUAUUGUGACGGCACAGUGGACACACAUAUAUUGUUGGGCAGCGUGGCGCAGCUGGUCUUGUGUUAUUGAAACAUAUAUUACGAAUCUACAAUAACAACAGCAAACGGAAGAGAAGUUGCUAAAUCGAUUUCAAGAGCAACGAAUAAAAAAUUCAAUAAUGACUUCGUUACACGAUUUUCGUUACACGAAGGAUAUUCUCAAACGUCUUACGGUUCAACAAAGGAUAUUUUACGAGAAGAACGGAUAUAUAGUAUUUCCCCGCCUCAUAUCGCAAGAUGUGCUCGAUAAAUGUCACGAAAGAUUUGACGAAAUCGUCGAAGGCAAGAUUCCACGAGACAUGGGAAUGAUAAUAAUGUACGAUGUAAAAGACAGAAAAUCAGUAAAUAAAAUACAAGAUAUACAUACGGAUGAGGUAUUCCGCAAAUACUUCGAACACGAGAAGGUCCUUGACAUCGUCGAGUGUUUUACGGGACCAAAUAUCAUGGCGAUACAUAGUAUGCUCAUUGCGAAGCCACCCGACAUCGGGUUUGGAAGUUCGAGACACCCGCCGCAUCAAGACCUGUACUAUUUCCCGUUACGACCAGCCGAUCAUAUAGUUGCUUCAUGGACAGCCAUGGAACCCUGCGACAGCGAAAAUGGAUGUCUCUUUGUAGCGCCUGGAUCACACACUAUGGGAUACUUGUUCCCGCAUGGUUAUCCUCCAAAGGAGGAAGGAGUGGUGAACAAAUUUUAUCAUGGCAUACAGAAAUUGCCUCCGCUAUACAACCGUUGGGUGAAUCUCGAGAUGCAACCCGGCGAUACGGUAUUCUUCCAUCCGUUACUCAUUCACGGAUCCGGCAUUAACAAAUCUAAGAGAACAAGACGGGCGAUUUCCUGCCAUUACGCAGCAGCAGAGUGUAAUAUUAUCGAUGAUGAUCCAAUUCAAGACACCAUCAGGAAUGAGAUUACAGAGCUGGCGCGGAAAAAAUAUCCCGGUUUAGAGAUCAAAUACGCGGAUAUAUGGCGCUACAAAUCUUCGCUCGUGCGCGGUCUUCGAUCCUCUUAUUAAAAAACGUUUGAAAAUCAAACGCUUGAUAUCACGCUAUUAUAUCAAGACCACUGAUAUGUAUAUGGUACAUAGUAGUGAUCAAGAUAUAUUGAUGAAUAUAUUUAUGAUAUCAGGAUAA